UAAACCAUGUAUUUGACGUGUCUCUAGUGGUUUUUCGCUUUGUCGUCUAUUGAUAUUUUGCUAGCAAUGACGGGAGUCUCGGUGUUUCUAGCUUUUCUUUUCCUUGCAUUGUCGUUUGCUGAUGGAGCAGACAAAUCUCAAUGUCCUGCUUCCCAUCCCAACGUUUACUACAACGGACAUUACUGUUGUGACUCGAACAAGGAGCAGUUCAGCUAUCUACAGGGUAACAAAUGUGACGGCAGUGUGAUUCAGAGAGACAGUUUGUGCUGUGCGGGAGUGUCCGUACAAUGUCCUAGUGGAACUUGUUCUCAAGCAAGCGUACUGACGUUAGGUAUGCACUACUCAUCUGCAGAAAGAGGGGACAGAACCCUCUCAAUCAGUGGUCCUGUGGAGGAUCUAACACAGAGAAACUUCAACAACAUAGCGUCCCGGUAUAAAAUAGAUGGUAACGGAAAAUGGGAGUUCUAUGACGGACCAAACUUUGGGGGCCGUCUUUUGUUUACAGCUACUGGACCUGUUGAAUGGACUCGUAUUGAGAAUGUGGCAUAUGCUGCUAAGCACAAUGAUGCUGUCUCAUCUGUGAGACCAGUCAGCGGUUCUACUCCCACCAAGAAAACAUGUAAACGAGUAAGUCGUGGUUGUUGGUGGGCGGGUGCAAUAUCUGGCGGAGUAAGAUUCAACUCUGACAACCCGAUCGAGGAAUGCCAGAAAUAUGCAGUACAAAAGGAGUACUCCUUCUUUGCUGUCCAGUCCUACACACAAUGCGUCACGUCUGGAGAUGCCGGAAACACGUACAAGAGAUACGGACAGUCAAACAACUGUUAUAGCGGGUACGGAAGGGGAGGACCCUCCGCUUAUACCGUUUAUCAGAUUGUUUGUGAAGAUCCUCCUAGUGGCGGUGAUACGGGACCGGACGGUUUCUGCAAGCUACCACCACGUGUGACACGCCGUGCUGUUGCAAUAUGGACACCCGACAUGAUGAAACCAGUCACCAAAUCAUCGUGUCCGCAAGACUACCCGUACUCCAUGUACGGGGGGAGCUGGUGCUGUUACAUCAACAAUUGGGUCCAAUAUAAACAGGAGUACGCUAACUCGAAUUAUUACAACUGCGAUGCGAACAUUUGCUGUAGUAAAAGUGGACAUGACUUGAUAAGAUGUCCUCAUGACAGUGGUUACGGGUGUCUAAAUUCUGCAAGCUUCUGGCAACUGCCAACCAACUAUAAUUCCCUUUACGGCGAUACUAAGAAUAUAGGAACUUCUAACCACGAUUUGUACGGGUAUGAUAACGUUAAUGGCAUUGAUCUUCUGAAAGAGGGAGACUACGUUGUGUUGAACUGUGAUAACGAGUAUAAAGCAUUCGGCUGUGAUGAUCCUGAUGAGGACUGGUCCAAGGAUUGCAGUGAUCAGACGGAGGACCUGAAAACUAACGAAGUCAACUUCUUCGUCCCCCAUCACAAGAGUUUGGAGAAUGCAAGAGCUUAUUGUCAAAGUCAAGGGGGAAAUCUUGCAACCAUCAGAUCAGAGGUGGAUAACCUGCUAGCUGUUAAAGUUAUGCUCAUGAGAGGAGCCAGCCAACAAUGUGCUUUUAUAGGAUUUACUGAUGAGGCGAUUAGCGGUAUUUGGAAGUGGAUGAACGGUAAAGAUGUGACCUACACUAACUGGGCUUAUCACAAAACAAGCAAGGGUUGGGACCAGCCUAAUGAUGGUUUUGGGUACGGUGAAGAGGACUACACUGUGAUGUGCCGAUACCCCGACAGCAAUCAGAACCUCAAAAACGAGUUUAAGUGGUUUGACGUCGGGCCUCCUCGGAAUUAUUUCCAAAACGACAAGGUCAAUUUCGAGUUGGCGUACUCUUUCUGUACAGUUUCUGCUAAUUUUAAGGGAACGGAGAAGGGAUGUCCACGGCCACUAAGACCUUGUGGAGGAGUAUACGUUAAAAGAUCCAACACAAAGAUCAUUGCACAUGGGAAAUAUCACAACAUAGAGUGCUAUACAGGAUACAGGAUGAUAGGAGAAGGAAAGAUUAGUUGCCACAAUGGAGUUGCAUCCCGUAUACCACAGUGCAUCCAGGUGAAUAUACAGUACGGGACGGGCCUUCAGCUAGAAGAAGGAGAUGAUGACGUUCCCAGAACAUUCUCAUUCGAUGACUACGACGCAGCGGCAGACAUGAGGGUCAGAAAGACGAAGGAUUGUUUUGGUGAUAGUGAUAAAGAUGAACCAAUUACCGAUAUCGUUAUGUAUUACACCACUACUGAAGAUGGUGUAGGUGAUUCUGGUGGUUCUGAUGAUGAGGGUGAUUCCAUUCCGAGAGGCUUUUUUGAUGACUAAAUAAUUACUUUUAAAGAAAUUUGGCAUGGUGGUGACUCUAAAUGUACAUAAUAUUAUUCUCAUUUAAUGAGAUAUAAAGAUAUAAUUAUACAUUACCGCAACAAUUAUGUUCAAUUUCUUCCGUUUGAUUGUAUUUAAGUAUUUAAUU